CUCUCGUCAUCCAGGUGUGUGUGUGUGUGUGUGUGUGUGUGUGUGUGUUUAACGAGACACAAUGUGGCUGUGUGCCGCUUCUCUUCUCUGCAUGCUGCAGGUUUUAUUUACAUUUAAAGAAGUAAAUGGGUACUACGGACAGCGGUACUACCAGUGCCGUUUCUCUCAGGAUCUGAACACCGUUGAAUUCAUUCACUCCUGGUACUUUAACAAGAUUGAACAUCUGAGGUACAACAGCACGAUAGAUAAAUACACAGGAUACACAGAUAGCGGAGUGAUGGAGGCAGAGUCGUUGAAUAAAGACCCCAGUAACAGUCUCUCUUUCUUUGUUGGACAAAUCUGCAUAAAUUACAAAGAUAAAUACUUCACCAAGUUCCUGAAGACAGUGAAACCCGAGGUCACAGUGAGGUCACUGAGAUCUGAGUCUGAUGUCAAACAGGCCGUGUUGAUGUGCACUGCGUACGAUUAUUUCCCAAGUGGAAUCAAAGUGUCAUGGCUGAGAGAUGGCAAGAUCGUGAGCGAGGGCGUUUCCUCCACAGAUGAGCUUUCAGAUGGAGACUGGUACUAUCAGAUCCACACUUAUCUAGAGUACGUACCGAGACCUGGAGAGAACAUCUCCUGCAUGGUGGAGCACGAGAGCUUAACACGACCACACAUACACACCUGGGAUCCUCCGCUUCCUGUAGCUGAGAGGAAUAAGCUGAUUAUCGGCAUUUUUCUCCUGGUGCUGGGAAUCGUUUUGGCCGUCGCUGGAUUUCUUUAUUACAUGCUGAGAGCCAAAGAAUGUCCUGCAGAACAAACUUCACAGUCUAUACAUUUAGAACGCACUGUUUCAGAGACGAGUUCAGAAUCUUCAAAUAGUUCUGAAAUAGUUAUAAAAUAGUUAUAGGCUGGAAAGGACUGGAGACUACAAUUCCCAUCAGCCACUGCACCAGAUCACGUGUAUGGUUUCACCUGUUUCACGUUUUUGAAUUAGCACUAGUAUAUAUAUAGUCACGUUUUGCACUGCACUGGUUGUCUUGCAUUUGCUCUCUUUAUCAUGUUGUGCUUUAACAUGUUUAUGGUGAACCCUAUUCUGUGAACACUGGAUAACCUCCAGGGUCCCCGGUGUCCACAUACUUUUGGCCGUAUGAUGUAUGAAUAAUAAAAGUUAUUGUGUAAACUUUACUUGUUUUGAUUCUUAUAAUGUAUUUCAGAAUAUUUACUUAUUUUCAAAUAUAUAACAUGAUCAUAAAUCACUACAUAUAUGUACUAAUUAUGUCUGAUCACAAGCAAAAAUGCAUUUUUUGUUUGAAUAAAAGAUUAUU